GAUCUGUCAAACAUCAUCGACCCAAGGUAUGAUACUUAAUAGUCCCUCCGUGUCAAACGUGUCAAUCCGCUUGGUGCUGUUUAGGCCGCUAAAUUGCAUAUGCAGAAGAUUCGGGUUGUCUGCUUGUAAGUUCUCCUCAACAUCCACAUGCCCGCUUGACUCUUCCACCCUCAGUUCUUCCUCCCUCCCAGUCCUCAAUCGGACCCCCUCCAUGCGUUGUGCUGUGGUUGUGAUUCCAUCAUCAUCAUCACCAUCAUCCUGCUUCCUGCCCCACUCCCGCUACUUCCACUAGCAGUUAUUUGCUCCUCCCGCUCAUAGAUCCUCCUUCCAAUUCCAAUUCUGCCUUCUCGCAUAUCGUCCCUCACCUUCCAUCCCAGUCAAUCAGCAGUACCUUAAUCACCUCUCCACCUUCAUAACCCACUCUACAUAACCACCAUCAUAGCCUAUCAUCAUAAUUACCGUUAGCAAAAAAACUACUAAUACAGUCAUUUGGCUUUGCUUCUUUUUUAAAACCACAACAGUACUGGCCCCACUCUUCUCACUUUUCUGGUCUCUCCUGCGCCUAGCGUCUUGCUCUCUAGCUAGCUAGUGGUUGUGGUUAUCUUGCAAGUUCACCAUCUGCCGCCAGUCAGCAGACCGAGAAAAUCCGAGUAGUACAAAAAGGGGUGCUUUAGCACAGAGAUCUCCCCAGCGGCAACUUUAUAAAAGAUCCGGGCUUCCAAGUUCCAACACAGACGGAUAGCACGUUGAAAAGGAAAAAACGGAAAGGGAAAGGAAGAAGAAGAAAAGCGAAAAGGAAAAAAAUAAAUAAAAAUAUAAUAAUUCAUCAGCUAUCCACCCCCCCCCCCCCCCCCCGUCCAUAGACGAUAGGUACAGAGGAGAGGAAGCCAAACUUUGGUUUCAGUCUCGGCUUUCUAAACCCUAGCAUCCUACACCACUUUCACUGCCUGCAGUGCCAGUGCUCCCCCCAUCCUCCUGGUUCUUCUGGUGUGGCUGGGGUUUUUAAGAGCUCAAAUACCUCCGGCCUUCCUCGACCUUUGAUCUUCUACCCUUUGAGAGCCCCCUUCCCCUACGCGGUGUCUAUGAACACGAUGUACCUCGCACAACCAAAUCACUCGAAUCAACCAAUUCACGAACGCCAUGCUAUCCCCCCAGCUCUGCCAAUGGCCCGGGCGCCAUCGUCCUCAUCCUCCUCGCAGUCAGCCCCGCCAGCAAACAAUGGACUAAUUCAAAGUCUUCAGCAACCUCCCUCCCAAUCAUGCAGAGGCGAUGGAAAUCGUAUCUACAGCUUAGAAGUCAAGCAGCAGCCCAUCAGAGCAAGGAUGUGUGGCUUUGGUGAUAAGGACCGACGGCCAAUUACUCCUCCACCUUGCGUGAGACUAGUAGUGAAAGACGCGACUACCGGCAAGGAGGUUGAUAUCAAUGAGGUAGACACUUCCUUCUACGUCUUGACAGUAGAUCUGUGGUCUGCGGAUGCAUCCCGCGAGGUCAAUCUCGUCCGACAUUCUGCCACCUCCCCCUCGAUCUCGGCUGCGACUUCUUCAUCAUAUCCCCCGCCGCCCCCUACCCCACCGCUUCAUCCCCAUCCCCCGGCCCAUGUGCACCACAUUCCCGCUCACCAACAGCAGCUGCAGCACCAAGGCUACCCUCCUCCACCUCCGCAACAAUUGCAACAUCAGCAGGCACCCGGCCCGUAUCCGGGCUAUCAUCCUGUGCCUUCGCACGCACCACCACCACCCCCCCAACAGCAAAAUUACUAUCAACCCCCCGGUGCCCAGGGCUACUAUCAGGGCAUGCAUGGCCCUCCACCGCCACAACAGCAGCCCCCCCAGCAGACGCCCUCAGGCAUGUUCACGAGAAACCUGAUCGGGAGUUUGAGUGCCAGCGCAUUUAAACUAACUGACCCGGACAAUAAGAUUGGUGUGUGGUUCAUUUUACAGGAUCUAUCCGUCAGAACCGAAGGCGCGUUCAGAUUGAAGAUGAAUUUUGUUAACGUAGGGCGAGUGGAUGGUGGUGGGCUCAACACUGGUUCGGCUCCCGUUCUAGCAAGCGCUUUCUCAGACGUUUUCCAUGUCUUCAGCGCGAAAAAGUUUCCUGGUGUAAUUGAGAGCACAGGUCUCAGCAAGUGUUUUGCGACCCAAGGUAUCAAAAUCCCGAUACGCCGUGAUAAAGGUGAUGGCCCUGAAGUUUGAGCCAAAGCUGAGGCUCGAAUUGAGAUUUAAGAAAGUGGAGAGUUGAGUCUGGAAAGGAGAAGAAGAAAAAAAACAGUAUCUCUUUGAAAAGGAUAUUUGGAUUUGGGCAUCUGUUCCCGGAGUGAGUGAGUUUUCGGAGGGUUUAUAUUUUAAUUGGAUGAUGUAUGGCUUUUUGUUGCCUUUACUUUUUCUUAAUUCGUCGUGUUCCAUGAUACCGACCGUUUUUUCCUAUGUUUUACCAUUUUUUUCUCGUUUUUUCCCCUCUGUUUGUUUCCAUUUCCACCUAUUUCAUGUCAUUAGGUUUUUUGUUUGCCGAUAGUCCGUUUUUUCAUUUCCCCCUCCCACGUUUGGUCCACACUAUCCAUUGCAUGUUUCUAGUACGGUAGCUUUUAUAUCCCUCUUCUCCCGCUUAUAUAUAUCCCCUGGAUUUUUUUCUCCUUAUAUCUUUAUCUUCAAUCUCUUCCCGGGAGAUAAGGGUCGAAGAUUAUCCAGUCAUCUUAUCAUAUGCUUUCUAGCACAUUGGUUAUGGUAUAAUCACAAUUAUCACAUCAUAAA